AUGGCCGUCAUUCUGCCAGUUCUGCUUUUUCUGGUGGGAACUGUGGUUGCCCACCCAUUAGGUCAGGUUGGGAUCGAACACAAGCGUAAUACACCUAAUUAUCAUGCCGAUGCGGGCGUUCUCAGCCAUGUGAAUCCACGAAUCGGAACCUAUGGCACCACGCCGGACGACAAUGGGGGGAUGAUUCCAUCGGUCGCGCCGCCUUUCAGCAUGACCCGUUGGACACCACAGACUCGAGAGAAUUUCAUCUCCCAGGUCCCCUACGGAGACGGCGACCGCCGGAUACAUGGAUUCCAAGCUACGCACCAGCCGGCCAUUUGGAUGGGGGAGGCGGGCCAGGUGGUGCUGACCCCCGGGCUAGGAGAGGUGCAACCGCUAUUCCAAAACCGAGGACUGUCAUUUCGUAAGAAGGAUGAGCAUAGCACGGCUUAUGUGUAUGAAAUUUUGCUCGACGCGACACAAGUGAUGGACCAGGACUGGAAUGCCACGGCAGAGGCCGCCGGCGACGGUCCUGUCCCUGGGGGUGCAGGUGCGGUCCCAGAAACCGUGGAAGAAGGUGCAAAUGGACGGACGCGAAAGCGUGAGAUACAACCGGAGCCAUUAAGCGGCAAUGACUCUGACGAAGGUGCAUACCAACGCUCAAUCCAGGUUGCUCUCUCUGCAGACUCUCAUGUUGGACACCUUCGGAUUGAUUUUGAGCAGCGUGGCGAAGUUCCCGACAGUCGACGCCUUCAACCCUGGGUAUUCAUCGAAGUCUCUCGACGAAACUGGACGGGGGAUGUUCAAAUCGAUGCCGGGCGCGGAGAGAUAUAUGGAUAUAAUACCGAGAGACAGGACUAUCUGCUCGGCCCUGACCGUGCAUCUUCUUUCAAGGGAUAUUUCGUUUCCCGAUUUUCCGAACCUUUCGCGGAGGCUGGAGUCACCAACGGUCGCCAAAUCAUUCAGAACGCGUACCAACGACAUGGUAACUUCACAGGGGCCUAUGUCAAGUUCCGGAGAGAUGUGUCCCGCGUCGAAGUGCGCACUGGAGUGUCGUAUGUCAGCGUUGAACAAGCACGAAAGAACUUGGACAUCCAGAUACCGGACGACGCGACGUUUGAGAGUACCGUUGAGAACGUGAAGCAGGAAUGGCUAGGAAAACUUGGCCGCGUAACAAUUGAUGGGGUCAACGACACCGAUCCAGACCAUGAUCCUCGAACCGUCUGGUACACAUCUCUAUUCCACGCGCUGCAAUAUCCCAGUGACUUUUCGGAACCCACAUCCAACGGCAAAGAAGGCACACGUGUGUUUUAUUCGGGCUAUACGGAUCAGGUACACCAGCAAAAUGAUUCCUACUAUCAGUCUUGGUCCAUCUGGGACACGUACCGGGCAGAGCAUUCCCUUCUCACCCUCUUCGCUCCGGAGCGAGUAAAUAGCAUGAUGCGAUCCUUGCUUCGCAUCUUCGAUUGGUCUGGGUGGUUGCCGAUGUGGGCUAAUAUGGUGGAGACAAACAUCAUGAUUGCUACCAAUGCAGACGUGGUGCUGGCCAAUGCACUGCAACGCGGGUUCCGUGGCUUCGACAUUGCCAAGGCAUGGGCUGCGGUUCAGAAGGAUGCAUAUACACCGCCGGAUCACGAUACAGAACUUCUUUAUUACGAUCGAGAACCAGGUACCUCCUACGAAGCUCGAGCUGGACUCACUGCCUACGUGAGGCAAGGCUGGGUGUCUAACGACGGUUGGGCCGAGUCUGCGAGUCGCACGCUGGACUAUGCAUUCAAUGACUACGCUUGCUCUAUCGUUGGCAGUUACGCUGGAGCUGAGCAAGGAAUCAUCACCGCGCUUCGGGACCGCAGUCGCAAUUACGCCAACCUCUGGAAUAAUGACACUCGGUUCAUGCAGGCUCGCAAUGGGAAUGGCACGUGGGCCAACAACACUUGGGGUUGGGCAGAAGGUGACGACUGGGUGUAUACAUUCGAUGUGAUGCACGACGUGGAGGGACUUGCGAAACUCUUUGGUAGCCGAGAUUCUAUGCGUGACAGGUUGGAUGCCCAUUUCCACGGAGGACACAACGAACAGAGCAAUGAGCCAAGCCAUCAUGUUCCUUACCUUUACUCGGUGCUCGGCUACCCCUCGCGAGCCGCGGAGGAAAUUCGAAAUAUCGCCUGGACAAAUUACAAUGCCACCAGUGGCGGGCUGAGUGGCAAUGAAGAUCUCGGUCAAAUGAGCGCUUGGUAUAUCUUCUCGGCUUUGGGCUUUUAUCCUGUCAACCCGGCUAGCGACGAGUACGUGGUUGGCACGCCUCUCUUCGAGAAGAUAUCCAUCCGUCUGCCCUCCGAAGCAUCGACAGGAGGUGUCAUGACCGACCAGCCAGAAAAGGUUCUCGUCAUUAGUGCCCCUGGAGCACCCACCAAGCCCUAUAUUAAAAGCUUGAAAGUGGAUGGGAAGCAAGUAUUCGUGCCAAUCUUGCAGCAUGGUCAAAUUGUUCAUGCAACGAAGAUUGAGUUCGAGAUGAGUGAAGUCCCUACAUCGUGGGGCACGACGCCCUCGUGGUAA